GGGCAAGCGCGUCGCGGCGCCCUGUGAAAAGUGGAAUCAAAACAAACGCAAACACUGAUGCGACGAGAAGUCAACGGUUGUUUUACGAGUGAAAUCCUAGAGUAGAACUAGUAACUGUUUGUGCCGGAAAAUGGAUAAUGCCGCGUUUGUGGAAAGCUGGAACAGCAUCAUACCGCACAAGAUCAGGCCGGCCGAGCUGGAACAUCCGACGGAAUCGUUCAUGUGCCGCUGUUUGGUCAGUUUCUUCCGGAUGAUGAAGUACGACGUUACGGAGUUUGAUCACAUGUACAGCGAACCAAAAGAUUCCACCAUGCGGAAAAGGGUACAACUGGUUGCCAACACCAAUCAUUUUUACCAACUGUGUUUGGGAUCCAAACAGAGAAACUUCCUGUAUGUCGAUCUAAUAAAACCUUCACCCAAGAAAACUAUCCACGUGCUGAACAUCCUGCUCAACUAUCUGUUCUACAUUAACAUGGUCCGGGACGAAACGGUCGAAAAAGCCACACAGUGCACUGCCAGGUAUCACGAACUGGAAGCCAGCAUCAAUCAACAGAAACGGGAGAUGGAAAACCACAAGAUCAAAAUCAAUAAUAUCGAGCAAAACAUCAGCAAAAUGCGACACCAGCUGCCACAGCUGGAAGGAGAAAAUGAAAAGCUCAAGGAGAUGAAACAGCAACUGCUGGAGAAGAUCGCAGCCACGAAAGCCGCGGACGAAGAGCUGGCCGAAAAGAUCACCAAACUCAAAAUGGAUUAUGCCAUGCUGCAGGAUCGCCGAGUAGAUGACGAGGAGGCCGCUGCUUUGAUACGCAAAAACGAAGAACUGGAAGCGGAAAUUGAAGAGUACGAAAAGCAGGAAAAGACUCUGCAAACAACCAAUUCAGAAUAUGCCACACUCAUUAGCCAGAUAAAACCAUGCAUGUUUGCUGCGGAAGAAAUACUACAGAACCCGCCAGAUGAUUCACUGAUGAAGCUCAAAAACCAAGUAGACACCCUUCGAUUGAACUACAGCAAACUGGAAGCAGAGUGCGCUAGGAAGACAACUACCCUACAGGCGUUGCAAAAGAACUGUGAAGCAAUUCGGGAGUAUGUCAUCGAAAUGGAGAAACAGCUCUCGAUGGGGCACAAAACCAAACGAAAAACCGAACGUCAAACCAUUAGCGACCUUGGCAAGCAGCAACUACAGCUGGACGAACUGCACGAACAGAACGACGUCUAUCUGGAGCAGAUCAAGGCUCUCAAGGAGGAAAUGCUGCUGAUAAUGCAAAUGAGCGAACAGGCGAAGGCUUUUCUGAUGCGGGAUCCAGUGAACCGGCCGGUUUCGACCAAGUAGUGGUCGAAGGUCGCCUUCCUAAGGUGGAAGGAGAUUCUGCGGCACGUGAAUACAUUUUUGCAUGAACAUCGAGCUGACCAGUAUUUGAUACUAA